AACAAGGAAUCCAACUCCAUAUUUCAGUUUCUUACGUGUGCUUCUGACUGGCGGAACGUUCUACAGACCAAAGCUAAGCAUUGCAAGGUUUAUACUAAUGGUAUGGAUACUGAUGUGCUUCGUUCUACAAACGGUAUACCAAGGACAACUAUUCAAUUUUAUGAGAACGAAUGCAACGGUGGCUAGUGUUAAAACCUUGGACGAAUUAAUUGAGAAAGGGAUUUCAAUAAAAUUGGUCUUCGACGCUUACAUCGAUUUCUUUGAGUACGAUUACGAACGAUUGGAGAAGCUGCUAAUAUCUGAAAAUGGAACUACUGCAUGGGAAUUCGUUACCGAAACGGAAGCGUACGUAUCAAUGGAAAUCCGUCUCAUCGAUGCGGUUCGUCGGGAGAAACCUGAAACCAGACCAAAAACUAUAAAAAUAGUUUUGGCACCUCAUGUUAUCGAUAUGCCAAAGCGGUUUUAUCUGAAGGAUGCAAUGGAUGACUUAAUCUCGUACAUGAAUGAAAAUGGAAUGACGUCGAAGUGGACGGCGCCGUACACAGAGUCAGCGAUAAGAGACAAUGUCGAUAAACGUUUUCCGCGAAAACUGAACAUAUUACAGAUACUUGGCGUGGUUGAAGUUUGUCUUGGUGCGCUAAUCCUUUCAACGUUGGUAUUUGUUUUCGAAGUGUUAUCUCCACGUUUGGGGCACUGGUAA